AUAAUUAAGAGCACUGUUGUUGCUGUAAUGAUUGUAACAAGGUGCCUAACUCUACGGUGUCGACAUUUAAAAUUCCGUGGGAUAGCCUAGACUCGCUAUCUUAUAGUAUGCCGGUUAUACUUGUGCUGGCUUUACUAAGCCUUCUAACAGCCGUAACAUGGGUAUGGAAAUUUUACACGAAGAGAACUACAAAUGUGCCUCUUGAAAAGAAUAGCCAAGCACUUCUACCUAAAUCAGAUGUCAAGCCACUUCCGGCAUUCAACUGGGAGACUAAGGAACCACAGAAGUUUCGGCCAUUCAAGCCAAUAUACCACAUAACUAUGGCACUCCGGUCGACAACCCCGUCAGAUCUCAUAGUAAUAGAUCGAAACUAUCAAUCUCGUCUGAAAGAACGUCAACUCGUAAUGGAAAAGCACGAGAAACACACUCUUGGUUGCAUGCCGUAUGGUGUCGAGGCUGUUCGGGAGGUGUACUCAUAUCUUUUAGGGGAGUAUCUUCCUGCGAGAUAUCCCACCCUCUUCACAAGGGAUAAUAAAUCCUUUCGAAAUAGCGUCACUGGCGCAAUUCUCCCGCUCUUGCCCCCCGAAGAUCCAAUCACGGCGUUGCGAAAUCUCGGCCAGACGGUUGAGGAUGAUAUGUUCUUCUUGCGUGAAACACCGGACGGUCAUCAGAGUACCGCCUUCGUGUGUUGUUGCCCUUCCGGGUUCGAUCCAGCGGCCAAAAUAGGCAAAUUGCUGAAAGAUAUCCAUGGUCCAGUUCCGUCGUACGAUAAGAUCGGCCCUAGCAUGGAGAGAUAUUUCAGUCGUUUGGAAGUUGGUAAAAGUGGUUCCCGGGUUAACUGGUCUGUGACGACGAAUUCCGAGCUUUUCAACGUCUCAGGCAACCAUGUUAAUGAAGGAGACCAAGUCGAGGAGGAUAUGGAUGUCGACAUUGAGAAGGCUUGGUUAAGAAUGGAACUGCAGACAAUGACGCGGAUGCCCAAAACGAGGGCUAUCCUUUUCUCUAUCAAGACUUAUCUGUGUCCCGUCAAGGACAUAAAGGCGGAAGGGCUUGGUCAUGAACUCGCCGACGCCAUCGAGGGCCUUAAAAGAGGAAACGCUCCGGGGAUGUGGGUUUAUAAGGGUGGUAUACGAUGGGGUAAGAGCGUGUGCGAAUAUCUGAGAUCGUGAUAUUUGAAUUCGAUAUCUAGGUAUCGGUACGGAUGUGUUAAGGCGCCCAUAGACAAUAAUGUAAGAUUUUACUAAGGCGGUAAAACAUUGCCGUUAUAUAAUAUACACUAGAACGAUAAAAUAACUUGAACAUCAACGGAUGAUGUCGACAGAUUUCGUAGCGUCUCAACUUCUAGUUUCAAGUCUGACUUAGCUUCGAUUUAAAGAAUUGCAGGAGAGUGAGGAGACAGGGGUUUCAUAGGACUAUAAUUGGUCAUCCUUUGUAAACAUUCGGGCUCGAAGGUGGUU